AUGGAAUCAUCCGUGUUCAGUGACGCGGAUUUCAGCAUGGUUGAUUCUGUUCAUGACAACAUUGUGCUGAACAAGUGUAUCAAGGACAUCCUUGCACUAAUCAAACCAGUAGAGGAUGAUAGAAGCAAGCGGCUAUCCACAAUUCAGGAGCUGGAAAAUUGUAUCCAUUCUCUUGCAUCUCUGUCAGGUGCUGCUGUGAAACCUUUUGGAUCCUUUGUAUCAGAUCUUUACUCAAAAUCAGGCGACUUAGAUUUAUCAGUUCAGCUCUGGAAUGGUUCAAACCACCCUAUAAGCAAGAGAAAGAAGCAGAAUACCUUGAGAGAAGUUAGGAAAGCUUUACUAAGUCGAGGUGUCACUGGAUACAUGCAGUUCAUUCCACAUGCAAGAGUUCCAGUCCUUCAAUAUGUCAGCAACCGCUUUGGCAUCUCCUGUGAUAUAUCAAUUGACAACUUUGCUGGUCGGAUUAAGUCCAAAAUCUUCUACUGGAUCAAUACUUUAGAUGAGCGGUUUGGUGAUAUGGUUUUGCUGAUCAAGGAAUGGGCAAAAGCUCAAAACAUUAACGAUCCAAAGAGUGGGACCCUCAACUCUUAUUCACUUUGCCUACUUGUCCUCUUUCAUUUUCAGACAUCCGAGCCGCCAAUUCUACCACCUCUGAAUGAGAUUUAUGAAGGGAACAUUGCAGGAGAUGUUACAGAAGCGGCACUUUAUAAUGAGCAACAUCUUGAUGAGGUUUGUGCUGCAAAUAUAGCAAGAUUUAGACUCCAGAACAAGGGCCAAAGAAAUGAAUCUUCUAUUUGUCGUCUAUUUGGAACUUUUUUUCAAAAGUUUGCUCGUAUCAAUGCCUUUACAGAUAGUGUCAUAUCAACUUACUCAGGCCAGAUUGGGCGAAUCCAGGACGACCCAAGUUGGAUGACGAAAUCUUACCAUUUAUUUGUUGAAGAUCCAGUUGAGAGACCUGAUAAUGCCGCUAGAGCAGUUAGUAUGAAAGGCCUUGACCGCGUUGCUAGUGCAUUAAAUGAUGCUUGUCACAAGUUUAACUCCCUGGAACAUAUUGACCGGAAUGAAUUAUUGGCGCUGUUGUGUACCCCUGUUGUUGGCUUGAAACUUGGUGGGAAAGUCAUAGCAAACUCUUACCCAAAAACUCCACAAAGGAAUAAUCAGCAUACCAGAAAUGGAGGACGGGCAGGGCGUGAUCAAGGUCAAGCACCCAGAGCCAGAGGGUUUGCUGGAAUCAGAUCAGUCCAUGAAGACCCACUAGCAAAUACUGCACAUGAAACAGCAGUACAGUAUCGCAACCAUCCGCAAGCUACAACAGUUCGACAAACAGCCAUACCAUACACAGGCUGUAAUCUACAAACAAAUACUACAGUGCAUCAGACCACGCCUUACCAGAAUCAUAUUGUUCCACAGGUGUAUCCUACUUGGCCCCAAACAGCUGAACCGUACCAGAAUCAUAAUCAGCAGGUUUAUGCUACGGGGCUGCAAACAGGGCCAUACCAAAGCCACAAUCAGGUCUAUGCUUCAAGAUUCCAAACAGGACCAUACCAGAGUCGUCAUCAGGUUUAUAGAGCACCCGGAGGAACAUAUCAGAUCCACAAUCAGCAGGCGUAUAAUGCAGAGUUCCAAACCGACGGUCCGCACCAGAAUCAGCAGCGGCGAAAGGGAUACACAUCAAACCAUCAGACUAACAGGCAUGCCGCGAUGGCAGCGAGGUACGAGCCUGUUCGUGGACAGUUCAACAACGGAUCGACAUGGGACUCAAGGUCCCAAGCAGCAGACAGUGCAGCUUCGCGAAGAUAG